GUCUUGCUCCGCAGGGUAUUUUUUUCUUGUUUACGCACGUCGCUCCGCUCCGGAUGAUGCGCGCUUCUCUCGCGGCGUGUGACUUCGCGAUUUAGCUCCGCGCAACAGUGUCCUCGGCGCCCGGUGGUGCCCCGGUGGUCCGGUGCCCAGUCCCGCAAGUUCUCACAGCCCGGAUAGAAAGUUGCGCGUCACCCGGUCGGCUGAAUGCAGGAUUCCUUCUGCCUGAGCGUCCAGUCCAAGUUCGGCUUCGGAGCGGCGGAGCGGGGAGUCCAGCUCCUCACCUCUCUCGAGAUGAAGUCUGCAGAAGAAGAUGCAUACAGCUACACACCAAACGUCAGCUUGUCCCUUCCUCUGGGAAUGGGCAACCCCUGUCUGGCCACCCAGUACCACACCCUGCAGUCCAGCCCGGUCAUCUCGGUGUCGUCUUGCCACCAGACGGGCUACGGCCUCCAGAACGACAACUCGGGCUAUUACCUGCCCCACGGGCUGAGACCCAACGGGGCCCCGGCUCUGGAAAGCCCCCGCAUCGAGAUCACGGCCUACAGCCAGUACCCCGAGGACGAGGUGGAAGAGAGCAACAGCGAGGACCACGGCGCCAAGCGGGGCGUCAACUCCGUCGUGACUCUGACGCUGCCCAACGGCGACGGCUACCGCGACCCCAGCUGCCUGAGCCCGGCGAGCAGCGUCUCCUCCCGCAGCUGCAACUCGGAGGCGUCCUCUUACGAGUCGGGCUUCUACAACUACGAGAACUCCCCGCAGAACUCUCCCUGGCAGUCGCCCUGCGUCUCCCCCAAAGGCUCCUCUUCGCUGGUGUCCUGCCCGCACGCCGGCGGUCCCGUGGCGUCCCCUCGCCAUUCGCCCUCCGCCUCCCCUCAGAUCGGAGCCGUGGCCGAGGAAGGCUGGCCGGCGAGGCCCCGCGGCUCCCGGCCCAACUCGCCCUCCUGCGGCGGUGGAGUCAACAACGGCGGCAUGGGGAAGAGAAAGUACAGCUUGAACGGCACCGCCUGCCGCCAGACGUCCCGCUCGCCCAACCAGUCGGCCAACCCGUCGCCGCACGGCUCCCCCGGGGUCGGCGGCACGGACGGGAGCUGGCAGGCCAACACCAACCAGUACACCAACUCCGCCAUCGUGGCCGCCAUCAACGCUCUAACCACGGACGGAGUGGUGGACAUCGGGGAGGGGAUCCCAAUCAAGACGCGGAAGACCAUGAUGGACCACUCCAUGAGCCUGAAGGUGGACCCCGAUGGGGAGCUCUGCCAUGAGGACUACCCGUCCCGUAUGGCCCUGAAGAAGGAGAGCUACUGUGGAGGGUUCCUGGAUGUGCCCCAGCAUCCGUACUCCUGGUCCAAACCCAAGCCUUACCUCAGCCCGUCUCUGCCAGCUCUCGACUGGCAGCUUCCGUCCUGCUCCGGCCCGUACAACCUGCAGAUCGAGGUCCAGCCAAAGUCCCACCACAGGGCCCACUACGAGACCGAGGGCAGCCGGGGGGCGGUGAAGGCCAUAUGCGGGAGCCAUCCCGUCGUGCAGCUUUAUGGCUACAUGGAAAGCGAGCCGCUCACCCUGCAGCUGUUCAUAGGGACCGCAGACGACCGCCUCCUGCGACCACAUGCCUUCUACCAGGUUCACCGCAUCACUGGCAAAACCGUCUCCACCGCCAGCCAUGAAGUCAUGCAAUCCAACACCAAAGUUCUGGAGAUCCCUCUGCUGCCUGAGAACAACAUGAGAGCCAUAAUCGACUGUGCGGGGAUCCUGAAGCUGCGCAAUUCGGACAUCGAGCUCCGCAAAGGAGAAACGGACAUCGGACGCAAGAACACGCGUGUGCGCCUGGUGUUCCGCGUGCACAUCAACCAGCCCAACGGCCGGACGCUGUCCCUGCAGGCGGCGUCCAACCCCAUCGAAUGCUCCCAGCGCUCGGCUCAGGAGCUCCCGUUGGUGGAGAAGCAGAGCGUGGACAGUUACCCUGCCACCGGGGGCAAGAUGAUGCUCCUGAGUGGCCUCAACUUCCUCCCCGACUCCAAGGUGGUGUUCGUGGAGAAGGCUCAGGACGGGCACCACCUGUGGGAGACGGAAGCCAAAGUUGACAAGGACUCCGUCAAAAAUAGUACUGUUGUUGUGGAGAUCCCGCCGUACAGGAACCAGAGAAUAUCCAGCCCGGUGCAGGUUAACUUCUACGUGUGCAACGGCAAGAGGAAGAGGAGCCAGUACCAGCGCUUCACCUACCUGCCUCCCAACGCGCCGAUAAUAAAGACAGAACCCAAUGACGAAUAUGAUUCUCUGGGCAUCGCGAGACAUUCAGAGCCCUAUUACGGCCGGCCCAGGCUCGCCCCCGCCGCCGCGCCCGUAGCCGACCCCGACGCCUGCCUGGUCGGCGGCUACCCUCCCUGCCCGCCUCGCCGUGCCGCUGUGCCAUCGUCGUCCCCCAGCUCCUCCUCCGGCCCCGCCCUGCAUGACCUGUCCCCCGUGGCGUACAGCCCCACCCACGCGGCGCCCCCAAUGCAGGAGAGCCCCGGCCGCCCCGACCUCGCCCGCCCGGCAUCGCCAGACCACAGCUCCCCUCUGCUUCGUCCUCAAGGCAGCCCCAUCCACCUCCACAGCCCAGGGCCCCAUGGUUACCAUCCUAUCUAUGCCAACAGCAGUCCCUCAUCCUCCCCGGCGUCCCACCCCUCCACCCCCGGGGGCGCCGUGGAGAGCCCGUUCGCUCGGGCCUACAGCCCCGGCGGCGGUCAGGCCGGGUCAGCGGCCGGAGGGAGCUCGCCCGGCCUGCUACCCGAAGACGCCAGCCCCCCCCCGAUGGCCGUCACCGUCAAACAGGAGCCCCAGGAACUGGACCAGAUGUACCUAGACGACGUUAACGAGAUCAUCAGGAACGACCUCUCCAGCAUUUCCGUGCACACUCACGCGUAGACGACUUCAGACGUCUUCCACACACACACACACACACACACAAAGCAGCAGCGUCAACAAAUAGAGGACCAACAAAAGCAACAAGUUGAGAUCCAGAUGAUGAAGAAGACCUUUUUUUCCCGACCGUCAGCUGGAGUUCGCUGCAGAUCCACCGUGACGAUCCCUGGCCAGCUCGAUUGGAACCAACAGAUGAAUGUUAUAUUUACAAAACAAACAAAAAGAUAAAAAAGGGAAGUGGAAUCAGGGUCAACGUAUACGACUGCCUUAAUUCACAGCCGAUGUUGUUCAGCGGACCAAAACAGCUCGAAGAGACUGAAACACAAAUGACAAUCUUCACAUGUGAUCUGUAUGUUACACUGCAUGGACAAAAUAACGGGGACACCACGUCGUCAUCACUUUGGUUCAUUUGUUUGUGCCGUCAACAACCAAAUUGGUGCCUUACAGCGGCGAUGUAUCGACAGCAAGACGACAGCGGCCGCGACACAAAAUGCAAAGCGGUUCAUUGUCACCCAAGAGUGGACGUUUUUUUAUGACUUUUUUGUAUCAUUUCAAUGAUUUGUUUACAGGGAAACUGAAUUUUUUUUAAAAAGGCUGGAAAAAUAUGUAGGGAAUCUGAAUAGAUUAGAUUUUUUUUUUCUUUCUUUCUUUCUCUCGCUUCCUCAUUAUUAUCUCAAUGUUCAUUUAUACUGAAUGUUUAUUGUAUGAUAUUCUUUUGUAUAAACAUGUAUUUGAAAAUGUACUUAUGUAUGCCUUAUGCUUAUAUCAUGCAGUUUUCUAUUUAGCCUUUAUUUUUUGUUUAAUGUGUCGUCCCCCUGAUAUGACCAUUUCUACUACCCCGCAUUAUGCUUUUCACCUUAGUGCCUUUUUCUUUUUUCUUUUUUUCUUUUUAUCCCCCCCCCCCUGUCUUCCAGCCCUCCCACCCAGACCAUGAAGACAUAAUGAUGCACAGACAAUCAGAGAAAUAUAUAACACAUAUCCUAUGACAGCAGGGGGCUUGUUGAAGGCAGGUAUCAUAGAGUUAUCUUCUCCCCCAGCGAUAAGAUGGUAGAACAACGGUAUGCUUACCUGCAGAAUUUAGAUGAGAAUACUCCGGGACAAUAUAUAUAUAUAUAGAGAUAUGUGUGUGUUGCUGCAGGUGUGCAUGUAAAUAGGCACGGGGAUAAUCUCACUCAGCAGUCGGCAGGACUGUUAACUCACAGCGGGCAAUAAUUGAUGUGCUUUCAAACCAAAGGAUUUUUAUCUUUGGUGAAAUUAUUGUCCACGUUUCCUUUUUUUUCCGUCGGAGACUUUUAGCGCAGAGCAGGUUCCCCGUGCAACAACGAAAAGAGACAAAAACAUGAUGCACUUUACCGUAGACACAGAGCAGGUUUCCUUGCUUCCAGACCAAAUAUUGUAGAUUAAUGUCCACCAUCGUGUCACAAACUUCUUCUUUCACAGCCGCAGUCUUCUCCUUGUUACCCGUCUAUCUCUGGAGCAUGCACAGUGUACUAAUGUUGGGGAUUAUUUAGCUGACAAUAUAGCUUCCUAAUACUUUUUCCGGACAUAUAGUAUAAUAGCAUGACUAAAACUGUAUGAAUAAGGUUUCUAUUUUGUGCCUUACUCUCAUUCUUGGCUACAAGAUAGUUGCAAAACUCUAUAAAUGCUUUUUUUUUUCUUUUCCAGUAGGCACAAGGUGAAACAUAUUUCUCUUUAAUAUGAAAUAUUUAUGAAAAUAAUGAAAUGUGUUUUAAGUGCAUUUAAUGUGUUCUCGACAAUUCAUUAAUAAAUGGCAUAAUGGUGACCAUACAUAA